AUAUUUCAAUCAAAGGAAGAAAUAGUUCUCCUAAGAUGGAAUCUGUGAUUUGGGAAUGUGGUUGAUCAACUUGAUAAGUUGGCCUAAUGUGCCCUGUGUAAUAAAAUGAAGAGACAAGAUGAUGUCAUUUUUCCAUAUUGUGAAACCAAAAACAGAUGCCUUUUGUGAGACCAAGCUAACAAACCUCUGAUGGUACAGAGUAUUUAACUGUUUGAAGAACUUAACAGUGAAAUACUGAAGUAGUUUCAAGCCGAGACCUGCAGGUGUAUAUUGACCUAACAUACAUAUUAAGUAAGCCUGAUCAUCCAAAUCUCAGCAGAUCCAGAAGAAUGGCUAUAAGUUGGAUUGUCUUCUAUCUUUGGCUCUUGACUGUGUUUGUGGGGCAUAUAGGUGGGCACAGUUUAUUUUCUUGUGAACCCAUUACCUUGAGGAUGUGCCAAGAUUUGCCUUAUAAUACUACCUUCAUGCCUAAUCUUCUGAAUCAUUAUGACCAACAGACAGCAGCAUUAGCAAUGGAGCCCUUCCACCCUAUGGUGAAUCUGGAUUGUUCUCGAGAUUUCCGGCCAUUUCUUUGUGCACUCUAUGCUCCUAUUUGUAUGGAAUAUGGACGUGUCACACUUCCUUGUCGUAGGCUGUGUCAGCGGGCCUAUAGUGAGUGUUCAAAGCUGAUGGAAAUGUUUGGUGUUCCUUGGCCUGAAGAUAUGGAAUGCAGUAGGUUUCCAGAUUGUGAUGAGCCAUAUCCUCGACUUGUGGAUCUGAAUUUAGUUGGAGAUCCAACUGAAGGAGCCCCAGUGGCAGUACAGAGGGACUAUGGUUUUUGGUGUCCUCGAGAAUUGAAAAUUGAUCCUGAUCUUGGUUAUUCUUUUUUGCACGUGCGUGAUUGUUCACCUCCUUGUCCAAAUAUGUACUUUAGGAGAGAAGAACUAUCAUUUGCUCGCUAUUUCAUAGGAUUGAUUUCAAUCAUUUGCCUCUCUGCUACAUUGUUUACUUUUUUAACUUUUUUGAUUGAUGUCACAAGAUUCCGUUAUCCCGAAAGGCCUAUUAUAUUUUAUGCAGUCUGCUACAUGAUGGUAUCGUUAAUUUUCUUCAUUGGGUUUUUGCUUGAGGACCGAGUAGCCUGCAAUGCCUCUAGCCCUGCACAGUAUAAGGCUUCUACCGUGACACAAGGAUCUCAUAAUAAAGCCUGCACCAUGCUUUUUAUGGUACUCUAUUUUUUCACGAUGGCUGGCAGUGUAUGGUGGGUGAUUCUUACCAUCACGUGGUUUUUAGCAGCUGUGCCAAAGUGGGGUAGUGAAGCUAUUGAGAAGAAAGCAUUGCUAUUUCACGCCAGUGCAUGGGGCAUUCCUGGAACUCUGACUAUCAUCCUUUUAGCGAUGAAUAAAAUUGAAGGUGACAAUAUUAGUGGCGUGUGUUUUGUUGGCCUCUACGAUGUUGAUGCAUUGAGAUAUUUUGUUCUUGCCCCUCUCUGCCUGUAUGUGGUAGUUGGGGUUUCUCUCCUCUUAGCCGGCAUUAUAUCCCUAAACCGAGUUCGAAUUGAGAUUCCAUUAGAAAAAGAAAAUCAAGAUAAAUUAGUGAAGUUUAUGAUCCGGAUUGGUGUUUUCAGCAUUCUAUAUCUCGUACCACUCUUGGUUGUAAUUGGAUGCUAUUUUUAUGAGCAAGCGUACCGUGGCAUCUGGGAAACAACGUGGAUACAAGAACGCUGCAGAGAAUAUCACAUUCCAUGUCCAUAUCAGGUUACUCAGAUGAGUCGUCCAGACCUGAUUCUCUUUCUCAUGAAGUACCUGAUGGCUCUCAUAGUUGGUAUUCCCUCUAUUUUUUGGGUUGGAAGCAAAAAGACAUGCUUUGAAUGGGCCAGUUUUUUUCAUGGUCGUAGGAAAAAAGAGAUAGUGAAUGAGAGCCGUCAGGUACUUCAGGAACCUGACUUUGCUCAGUCGCUCCUGAGGGACCCAAAUACUCCCAUUAUAAGAAAAUCUAGGGGAACUUCCACCCAAGGAACUUCCACGCAUGCGUCUUCAACUCAGCUGGCUAUGGUGGAUGACCAAAGGAGCAAAGCAGGGAGUGUCCACAGCAAAGUGAGCAGCUACCACGGCAGCCUGCACCGAUCCCGUGAUGGCAGGUACACUCCCUGCAGUUACCGAGGGAUGGAGGAGAGACUACCUCACGGCAGCAUGUCACGACUGACGGACCACUCCAGGCACAGUAGUUCCCACCGGCUGAACGAGCAGUCACGGCACAGCAGCAUCCGCGACCUCAGUAACAACCCCCUGACUCACAUCACACACGGCACCAGCAUGAACCGGGUUAUUGAAGAGGACGGGACCAGCGCCUAAUGUGUCUGUCAAAGGCAGAAAAUGUGUGCUGUUGGAAAAGCAGAUUUUGUUCUUUGCCUUUGCAUGACUGAUGGCUGUAACUCACUGUCAUCCUGCUUUCAGUCAGGUGCAGAUUGUGUCCAUUGGGAGGGUAAAUUUUUGCUUUUUGUAUUGAAUCAAACUUGAAACAUCAAGACAUCCAAAACACUAAUAAUUAUAUCAUCACAGAAAUAAUUCUUUCUAGGUUGUGAAGAGAUAAUUAUUUGUCUGGUAAGCAUUUUUAUAAACCCACUUAUUUUAUAUUUAGAAAAAUCCUAAAUGUGUGGUGAUUGCUUUGUAGUGAACUUUCAUAUAAAAUGAACUAAUUGUGAGAUAACAUUGUGGUAGCUCUGUUAAUAACACAAAGUUUCAGAAUUAAAGAAAUUUUCUAUGCAAGGUUUAUUUCUCAGAUGAAUAGCAGGACUUUGUAGUUUUAUUUCCACUAUGUGAAAAAAGAACUGUUUUUAAAGUAUGGGAGAAUUUGAUAAAUCAGCAAGGGUAUUUUCACUAAUAGAAUUUAAGUCAACAGAAGAAUCUGAUUAGUCUUUGGGAGAGUCUCUUGAAAUUCUAUCAAAAUAAACCAGAGAUAUUCAGGAUUUGGUUUAGCAACAGAAUAAAAGUAUAGAUGGGCAUUUUCCCCCAUAGUAGUUUUUAAUUUUUGUAAAUAUUACUUUUACUGGCUAUUUUUCUAACAUCCACGUGCAUGAUAGAAAAAUUUUAGUUUGUAGCCAUCUUCUCCCAGGUUGUAGUAUUGAUUCAUAGAAAAUUUCAUGUUCAGAUAUGCUGUUGAGGCAUGUAAUAAGCAUCACACAUUAUAAGGCUUUUUGUGAUAACCACAAUUACAGAAUUGCAAAGUAUUUUCUCUGCGCUCACUGUUGUACUUUUCUACAGUGAUGUCAGUGACCUUGCCAAAGCCCCUGGACCUUGGUACCCAGCCCCUCCUGUAAUGAGCUGAGUGUCUGCGCUUGCAUUGCCAGCAGCCCAUUGGCUGCAGCUCUUGCUCCAAAUGCCUAUUUUCAGUUUCUGGAUCAUCCUUGUCUAAAGCUGAAAUACAUAUCAUCUAAGCCUAAAGUGGUUAUUAAUUUGGAUAUUUGAAAAUCAUUAUAACUAAAUGGAGCAUGAUUCGAUGAUUCGUCUUGCUAUGAAUAUCUAUUAAUCUUAAAACUAUCAAGUCAAAGGUGUUUGACGUUUUAUCUUGUAAUGUUUAAAUAACUUACGGUGUGAUAGUGAACUCCAUUAGGCAUGAAGUUGAUCAGAAGGAAAAGAAAAAUUCCAGAAAAUAUUGGAUAUAUUUAUGUAGGAAAUACAAGUGAUCUUCAACCCUGUCUGCAAGUAAAAAUCACUUAGGGAAAGGUGUUGGAUUCAUCAUCUUUCCUUCAUUCAAAUAAGAGUUGAUAUUAAUUUUUAAAUAAGUGAAAGAAUUUUCCUGAUGAUCCUAAUUUGUAGCCAGGCUUGAAACUAUUCUUUUAAACUCACUUUCCCUGCCUGGUGAUGAUCUGGUGGCAUCACACUGUACUACGUGAAUUCUAGCUGGAUUCGGUGAUGUGCUUGUACAUCAUUACCUGAUACACAGCUAUUUUCUACUUUAUUGUCGAUUAUAAAAUGCAGAAUUCUUAGCUCCACUCCUACGAAUUCUUAUUCAAUAAGCCAAAGGUGGUAGGACUUUAAAAUCUAUAUUUAUAAAAAUAGCACAGGUGAUUCUUAUGCAGGUAAUCCAGGAAUUAUACUUAGGAAAAAUAUUCUUGACUCUAGGGAGGCCUGGCUCUGCCAUGUGCUAGUUUUUGACCUUUAACAAAUCAGCCUCUCUGAGCCUGGGUCCCCUUGUUGGAAAAUGAAGAUUGAAGAUAAACAUUUACCUACCCCACAUGGUUGUCAAAUUAAUAAGGUGAAAUGAAACCAAUUAUAUGAAAGCUCUUUGAAACUAUAAAGGAUUAUGAAAUGUAAGGGAUUCAGAUUAUUGAGGAUUUAAGAGGUUUUUCUGGGCCGGGGAUUUAGCACAGCGGUUCAGUGGCCAGCCUUGCAAGCGCAAGGACCCGAGUUCAAUCCCCGGUACCAAAAAAAAAAAAAACAAAGAGGUUUUUCUGAGGACCAUUGUAGUACAUUUCUUGACAUAUCUUUAAUUCAUGUGUAUAUUUCUCUCUCACCCUUUUAAGACAAAGGCUACCAAGAUUUGGGGAGUUAGAAAAAAAAAAAGUUUUCAUCAGGCAAAAGUCAGUUUUCUAAUAAUCAUUUAUUUGUAUAUCAUGUCAGUUCCUUGAAAGUACAUAAAUCUUAACAGUAAUUCUUCAUAAGAUAUAUUCACACAUUUGACCCAAAAUGUUAUUCUUUUUACUUGUCUUUCUCCUUGGAACUAGAGUUAGCACUCAAACAGACCAGGUCUGAAUUCCCUCAAGUCUGACAGUUAGUAAACCCUUUCUCUGAAGGCCCAAAUUACAACUCAUUGAUAAAUAAAGCAAUCAUUCAUGAAGCUUUCUGUGUGAUAAUCUUUCCUAAAACAGCGUGAGAGAACAGAAAUGUCCACAAACAGAAAUAAAAAGGUAUCAGUUUGAGUUCAAAGAUGUCGUCAUCCAUCACCAUCUGCAUUAUAUUAUCAACUGCCAAAAUGUUAAUUGGCAUUCUGUAUAAAUGGGCCAAGUGUAGACAGUUAAGUGAACAUUGCUAUGAAAAUCAUAACUUUAUGCAUCCAGAUUUUAUAUAUUUAUUUGUAUCUUCUCUACUAAACUGAUUGUUGGUAUAUAUGUGAAUGCUAUAUUGACUUUUCAGUAAUAUUUUAAUUUUGCUCCACAAAAUUUAUAUAACAUUCUUAAUCCAUUGUUUUAAGAAACAGUUUGGACCAUAUUAUUUAUUGUCAAGCUAGUGCUCCAAAAGAAGAAUUUUUUUCUUUUAGAAGAGACUAUUGAAGAACUAUAGCAGAACAACAUGAUAUCAAAUCUCAACUUGAUUCAACCAACUUGAACAAGUCUGGACAGUUUUCUUACUGUCUCUUUAACUUUAAUUUGUGUUUAAUGUUUUAUUUGUACAAUUUACAACUAAGAAAACAAUGGUUCUCUCUAGGAUGUUAUAUUAUCAUCUAAAGGUUUUUGAAAAGUACUUUGAUUUCAGCAAUAUUGUUUUAUCCGGGAAUUAGGUAAAAGAUCUAAGUACUGUACUAGGCUCAAAACAAUUUGUUUCAAAAAACAGAUAACCCAAGAACUAGCACAAAACUUAGCCCAUAGUUUUUAAAUAAACAUUUAAAUUCAAGAACAACUUGUCAUGCAGCUUAAAUUUAAACUAAGUGAAAUGAGUUAGAAAUGCAUAAAUUAUACCAGAUGAAGCUUAUUUUUCCUAGAGUAAUAUUACUGUUUUAAUUUGUGUGUACAAAUGUGCCAAACAUUUAAAUCAAUUUUAAUAGUGAACAGUGACUCUUACAAAUAAGUAAUUAAAGGCCGGGUGUUGUGGCGCACACCUGUAAUCCCAGCACUCGGGAGGCUGAGGCAGGAGGAUCGCUGUGAG